AUGAAGGCUGGACACAAGUGUCUGCUUUUCCACUCUGUCUUGCUCUCCGUCAUUAUUUUCUGCCAGGGAAACGACCUGUUCUUCAAUGACAAUGAAAACCUCAUACUCCCGGGCUCCUACAACAUUCCAUGGAUGGCGGGCAUUGAGGAUUUCCGCACCCUCUCUCUCAUCACCAUGCCCGGUACCCAUGACAGCAUGGCUCUGCACGGAGGUCCAGAGGCUAAAUGUCAGGCCUUAUCCCUGAGGGAUCAGCUCAGGGCCGGCAUUCGUUUCCUGGAUCUCAAAGUGUUUGGACUGGGUGACACCCUCUAUGUCAUGCAUGGGGUGAUGUACCAGCACACCACCUUAAAAGAUGUCCUAGACACUGUCCGAGCCUUCCUGUCAGAGUUCAAGACAGAAGCUGUGCUCAUUAGAGUCCAACCAGAGUCAUUUGAGAAGAAAACUGUCAAUGAAAUGGUGCAGAGUCUGAUUGGCAACGACCAACAUGUCUGGGUGAAAUCGGGAAUGCCAAGUAUGGGUCAGGUCAGGGGCAAAAUAGUCUUUUUGCAGAAAAGCACGUUCACAAUAGGAAUUCCCCUCAUAGAUACAGAUGGAAAAAGCAGCGCCAAGGUUAGCAACGUCAAAAAUAAAGACAAAAAAAUAAUCGAUCAGCUGAACGCAGCCACUGAAGCUUGUGGAGGCGAUAAUGCUGUUUUGACCUACAGUAGCGGCACUGGCUUUGGUACUUUCUGGGGAAUGUUUCUGACCCCGAAGAGAGUGGCUGAGAAGGUAAACCCAUGGCUCAAUCAAUACCUGAGACAGUUUUACCCCAAUCAGCCCAGACCAUGCUUUGGUAUCAUUGCCACAGACUUCCCUGGCAUUGACCUCAUCCAAACUGUUAUCAAUCUAAACUGGUGGUAAUUAAUUACCAUCAUGUGUUUGAGAGGUUUAAAUCUGCUGAAAUGUGUUCUGUAACGUUCCCAGGUCACUGUACACACUCUGAUGUGGCUGAAAUUGACGGAA